CUCGCAAAAUGGCCACUGUAUCCGCAUCGUCGGAGAGACUGGCCGAGCUCAAGGCUGGGGAGGACAAGCCAGAGACAGCGAACACUACGACUUCUGCGUCUGACGCUGAUCUAGUCACUCAAGAACCUGCGAUUGAAGCUACCACUUCAGCCGCUGGCGCCGCGAGUGACGCGACUACGUUGGAUGAAGAUGAGAAGGACAAGGCUCUGCGGGCGGUCCGCCAAAUCGAAUUUUACUUUGCCGAUGCCAACCUCCCAUAUGACAAGUUCAUGUGGACCCUCCACACCGCCAACCCGGAGCACUGGGUGCCGAUCGCAACCGUAGCGUCAUUCAAGCGUAUGCGGGAAUUUGUGCCGCUUGGAACUGAUUGGCUUGUCAAUGCACUGAAGAGCAGCACUGCUCUGGAGGUAGAUGAAACCAAUACCAAGGUUCGUCGGCGAACAGAAGUUACCGAGCCUAAGGGUCAGUUUGAGAGGAGCAUCUAUGCCAAAGGUUUUGGAGAAGAGGUUCCAGGCCUGCAACAAAAGCUCGAAGCGUUCUUCAACCAGUAUGGUCGUACCAACGCUGUCCGCAUGAGGCGCGAAGAGAACACCAAGCGCUUUAAGGGCUCCAUUUUUGUCGAGUUCGACGACAUGUCCUCUGUGGAGAAGUUCCUGAACGCAGAUCCUAAGCCCGCAUGGGACGGCCAGGAACUGCUCAUCAUGUCAAAGGAGGCGUACUGCGAAAUGAAGAUCAAGGAGAAAGGCCUGACUGGCAAGGCGGCGAGCCUCCGCAAGGAGUCCAUGACCGGCGCGGGCAGGAAGGGCUUCAAUGCCUUCAAGGAGAUGUCGAAGAUCGCCGACGACAAGAAGGGCGGCAAGGCUAAGGCGAAGCCUGAGGUCUGGCUCGACUUCCUCGGCCAGCGCAUCCGCGUCUACGAGGAGGACGGCGGCACGGUCAAGACGGAAGACGUCCCGUUCGUCAAGGGCGCGACCUUCAAGUUCGAGGGCGUCGAGGGCAAUGUCAGCUUCGACGAAGUCAAGGGUCCACUCAAGGAGCGGUUCACCCGCGUGCCCUUCGUCCAGUACAACAAGGGCGACAGCUGGGGGUACGUCGCCUUCGACAAGGCGCUGACCGAGGAGGACGUCACCUACAUCAAGGAGAAGAUUGGCACCCUGGGCUCGAAACCUGUUACAUGGGCGUUCCUGGACGAGGAGACAGAGAAGGCCUUCCAGAUCGAGCGCGCCUCGGCCGCCGCAAAGCGCGCGCUGCACUUCUCUCAGCGAGACGAUCGCGGCAGUAGGGGCCGAGGACGCGGUGGCGCGCGCGGGGGGCGCGGGGGCCGUGGUGGUGGUCGCGGUCGUGAAAAGCGCGAGGGGAAGAACGCAGGCGAAGCGAACCCUGCGGCAGGUGAUGAGCAGGCGGGCGACAAGCGGAAACGCACAAUUGAGCCCGAUGGCGGCGCCUUCGUCGGCACGAGGGGGCAGGGCGUCCCCACUAUCACUAGUGCAAAGAAGGCGAAGACGGACGAUGAGUCAUAAGGCGUCUUAUCUCUGAACGUUGCAUCUAUUCGUUGUAGUACUAGUCUACUUGCUCUAUGUAUGAAUAUUCCACACAUUGCACCCCGCAGAAGCACUCAAAUUUGGUGG